AUGUCGUCCCUACUCGAUCUCGCACUGAACUCGGAUGCCGCGCCCACUCCCUCCAGCGCGUACGGCAACGAUGCACGGACACCGCAGAUGCGAUCUUCGUCUGCGAGACCCCGCGGACCCCCCUCUGAAAGCGCCGGCGCCAACAGCGAUGUCGAAGGAGACCCUGAUGACGAGAUUAUCGGAGCACGAGUACCAGGCAGGCGCACAAAUGCCCCGCGAACAGACAUCCCCAAGGUGGUGGACGUGACGGGAGAGACGCUCUCGUUGCGAUUCCAGGAGUUCCUCGAAAACUACACAGAAGACCCUUCUUCCUCAGCUCUUCCCACAUCGAGCGCCGUGCCCACCACAGACAAGUACUACAUCGCCCAAAUACGGGGCAUGCGACUGUACGGACUCUCCACCCUCUAUGUCGACUACACACACCUCCUCCGGCACGAAGAUGGCAUUCUUGCCGCGGCCAUCGCAAGCGAAUACUAUCGCUUCCUGCCGUAUAUGGUCCGGUCGCUCCACAACCUUAUCGCAAAGUACGAGCCCAAGUACUUCCGCCAGCACAAGCAGCCCGCCUCAACUGCCUCUGCUGCGGGCACAUCAAACUCCGGCAAUGCUACGAGUCAAAAUGAGAGUCUCAAUGAGAAGACUUCGAACCAGCAGACAGACAAGCUGUUCACACUGGCUUUCUACAAUCUCCCUCUCGUCUCCCGUAUUCGUCAGCUGCGCACCACAUCCAUUGGCAGCUUGCUUUCUAUUUCUGGCACGGCGACACGAACAUCUGAAGUCCGACCAGAGCUUUCAAUGGCCACCUUCGUAUGCGAGAUCUGCAACACCGUCGUACCGAACAUCGAACAGACCUUUAAGUACACCGAACCCACACAAUGUCCCAACAUAACCUGCAUGAACAGGGAGGGCUGGCGUCUCGAUAUUCGCCAGUCGACUUUCGUGGAUUGGCAGAAGGUGCGCAUUCAGGAGAACAGCUCAGAGAUACCCACUGGCAGUAUGCCCCGAACCAUGGACGUCAUCUUGCGCGGAGAGAUGGUGGAUCGAGCGAAGGCUGGCGAGAAGUGUAUCUUCACCGGCACAGUGAUCGUCAUCCCAGACGUGAGUCAAUUCCGCGUACCGGGUGUGCGUCCACAAGCGCAAAGAGAUACGGCAAACACAACACGAGGCAACGAUGUCGGUGGGUCGGGUGUCAGCGGUCUCAAAGCCCUUGGUGUGCGCGACUUGACGUAUCGCAUGUCCUUUUUGGCAUGCAUGGUCUCACCAGACCACUCGACUCCUGGACAGACAUCCAACCACCAUUUGACAGGUCAGGCGAGCAACAUCCUCGCGUCCCUUGGCCAAGGUCAAAUUGAGUCGAAUGCGACAAGCGGUGAAGAAGCCCAAGAGGAGUAUCUUGGUACUCUGACUGCUGCGGAGAUCCAGGAUCUCAAGGACAUGGUACACAAGCCCAACAUUUUCAUGCGAUUGGUCGACUCGAUAGCGCCCAUGGUCUACGGCCACCAAGUCAUCAAAAAGGGACUCCUCCUUCAAUUGAUGGGCGGUGUGUCGAAGGAGACACCUGAGGGAAUGGCGCUGCGUGGAGACAUCAACAUCUGUAUUGUUGGUGACCCUUCGACGUCGAAGUCACAGUUCUUGAAGUACAUCUGCAGCUUCCUUCCUCGCGCUGUCUACACAUCUGGUAAGGCGUCUUCGGCUGCCGGUCUUACAGCUGCAGUAGUCAAGGAUGAGGAGACUGGAGAGUUCACGAUCGAGGCCGGUGCGCUCAUGCUUGCUGACAACGGUAUCUGCGCUAUCGAUGAGUUUGACAAGAUGGACAUCGCCGAUCAAGUCGCCAUUCACGAAGCUAUGGAACAGCAGACCAUUUCCAUUGCAAAGGCCGGUAUCCAGGCCACGCUCAACGCCAGAACCUCUAUCCUUGCAGCAGCCAACCCCGUUGGUGGACGCUACAACCGCAAGACAACGCUACGUGCCAACGUCAACAUGUCUGCUCCUAUCAUGUCACGUUUCGAUCUGUUCUUCGUAGUGUUGGACGAGUGCGACGAGGCUGUCGAUCGCCACCUUGCCGAGCACAUUGUUGGUAUACACCAGCACAGAGACGAAGCUGUUGACCCAGAGUUCAACACUGAGCAGCUCCAGCGCUACAUCCGGUUCGCAAGGACAUUCAGACCAGAGUUUACUGAUGAGGCAAGAGAGACGCUCGUCGAGAAGUACAAGGAGCUACGAGCAGAUGAUGCGCAAGGUGGUAUCGGUCGCAACAGUUACCGCAUCACUGUUCGUCAACUUGAGAGUAUGAUCCGUCUCUCAGAGGCUAUCGCCAAGGCCAACUGCGUCAGCGACAUCACUCCCGAGUUCGUCAAAGAAGCCUACAAUCUUCUCCGUCAAUCCAUCAUCUCAGUCGAGAAGGAUGACGUCGAAGUUGAGGACGAUGACGAUGAAGCUUUGCUCGCCGCGGCUGCUGCUGCAGAGCAGGAGGCUGAUGCGCCGAUGGAUGACCAGGAAGAUGCCUCUCGAGACCGAACAGCGACUCCAGCCGUUGCGCCGCGUGAGAAGACCAAGAUCACACACGACAAGUACGUCGCUAUGCGCAAUAUGUUCGUCAAGCGCGUCAACGAGGACCAAGAAGAGACACAAGACGGUGUCGAAGAGGAAGAAUUGCUUAUCUGGUACCUCGAGCAGAAGGAAAACGAAAUGGAGACGCAAGAGGACUUGGAGAGGGAGAGGGCUCUCGCCAAGAAGGUGCUGAAGAAGGUCGUCAAGGAGCAAUACCUCAUGUUGAUCCGGGGUGAAGGUCUCGCGGACGAGCAGGGCCAGGCUGAAGGUAACGACAAGGUGGUGUACGUGUUGCAUCCAAAUUGCCCGAUUGAGGACAUUGCUUAG